AUGCGUCGAACUAGUGAAAUUCUCCGUACGGCUGUAUUUGCUGCCCUUAGUUGUGGCCUCCUCCUAUCCGGUCUCGUUUCGGGCCAAGAAACCGAUACCAUCUCAUAUUCUCCAGCAAAAAGCACAGCUAAUGCCCCCGGUCGUAUCGAGUUCUCCUCGGCGGUACAUUUGGCGUCUUCUAUUUCAUGGAGCCUGCAUCAGCUUUCAACUAUUCCUGCACUCCCCUUGCCAACUAACAUCAGUUCUGUCCCUCAGUAUGAGAUUGUCAGUAAACUUUCUCCUGCCCUGCCGCCUUUACAAGCUGGGGUUAGCUUUGGCCCAGUCAAUGACAUGAUCGCGGACAUGAUCGCCUCAACAAAUGUGUCCAGCCCAGCCCUUUCGGUGGUUGCACGCCAGUCAACUCUGAGGGUCAUGAUUGUCGGUGACUCCAUGUCUCAAGGUCGCGAGGGUGACUACACCUGGCGUUAUAGAAUCUGGCAGUUCUUCAAGCAGAAUGGUAUCGCCGUUGAAAUGGUUGGACCCUAUAAAGGCACGGUACCGCCGGAUCCACCAACAGCACCCUCACCUCCAAUUCUGUAUGGAAAACCAGUUCCUUCUAGUGCUCCUAAAACAUCUGGCGGCUAUGCUGCAGACGUGGACGAGGAAUUCCUGUCAAACUGCAACCACUUUUCUGCAUGGUCGUCUAUGGUGCUGAUAGGACAUCCAGGGAGGCCUGUUGCGGUCGACAAAGGAUUGAUCGCGAAUGUCCUUCGGUCGACACCUGCAGAUCUUAUUCUCUUCAUGCUCGGCUUCAAUGACAUGGGCUGGUUCUACAGCGACGCUGCCGGGACUCUGGAUAGCGUCGAUACCUUUGUCACUAACGCCCGAGCUUCGAACCCCAACGUCAAGAUUGCCAUGGCUGACGUGCCUCAGAGGAGUUUCAUUCAGGGUCGGAAUGACCUCGUGAAGAACACCGAGAUAUAUAACAAGCUGCUUCCAGACUAUAUAUCCAAGUGGUCUACGAAGCAAUCCCCCAUACAUUUAGUACCACUUGCGGAUAACUAUGACUGUCAACCCAGUGGCUGCCCCUCAGGUACUGACGGCUUAUACCCCAAUGCUCUGGGGGAGUUCCAGAUCGCUAGCAUUUUCUCCAAAACUCUGGUGAAGGGUUUCAAUCUAGGCAAGAAUCCAGUUCAGGUUCCUACCCAGGGCGACUCAGCUUUGGCCCGGCCCUUACCGCAACCAUCCAACUUCCGCGUCUUUUCCUCUCCCCAGCCGCCACCUGGGAUCCAGGCAAGUAACAACGCCUCUGAUCAUGUUUUCUACGACACUCAGCCGCGUGAUCUUUACGAUGUAACAGUUUCCAUUGAUGGUGGCGCCAACACAUACUCCCCAACAACUACCUUAUCCAACAGAUGGGAUUCGCAGUGGCCGCUUGAAGGCUGGACAUACUCUGUUUCUGUGCGAGCUCGCUACGGAGACUACUCCGUGGGCCCUUAUACAUCAAAGCUAUCUGCCAAGGCCACCCCGAAACUGUCAGAUCCGCCGCAAAAUGUGAAGGUAGAGCCCGGUGCUGAUGGGUUCACUGUAACAUGGGAUCCUCCAGCAGGACCAAAUACUGACUCGAUUGUCGAAUACAACAUCUUGUAUUGGGAUUGGAGCCCAGACGACUGCGAAAUUAUUACCGGUGCAGCUUUCACUAGCUCGCCUGCGGUUAUCAAAGGACUUACUCCUGGUCGGAACUAUCUGAUUGCCCCCGUUACUUGGAACGAAAACGGCCAAGGCCUACCUUUCUUCGCCAAUAACGCUGUUCCAGGCGCUGGGACACCACCAGUUCCUUCGGAUCUCAAGAUUCUGUCUAUAGACCCCACCACUGUUCACAUCACUUGGACCGGAUCCGACUCCGCUGGAGGUUACCAUGUCUGGAACCGGAACGUCCUCGAAAAAGGAAGCAAGUUUGCAAUCGUUGCUAACAUUACCGGUUCGACCUGUCUUGAUGACUUUCUGCUAUUCCCAGGCACCUGGAACUAUGAAUGGUGCGUUUCUGCGUACAAUGGAAAUGAGGAAUCUCCACAAGGACCAGCCAAGCUCGCACCAUCUGUUGCUUCAGGUAAAAAAGAUACUCCUGGUCCAACGUGUCCUGCGGCGGCAGCUUGGUGUCCUGGUGGAGGUGGUGUCUCGGUUCCGCCUGGCCAGAGUGGCACGCUUCCACCUACAACAGUUGUCCAGACUGUCACCACCAACGGCAUGACCCUCACUAUUACGUCUCUGUCGACUUCCACGGACGACGAUGUGACUUCAACAAUGACAACAGUUCCGCCUGGAGUCUCCCUUGAGGAUUUCACCGAUUUUCCAGUCACCACCAACAUCUGGAUCACAACAACCGGGAGCGACUCAUCAACAACAGUCGUUCCCGUCAUUCUGCCUUGUCCUACUUGCAAGCCAGUGAUAGUCUGGGACACACCCGAGAUUCCACGCGUCAAGUUCAGGUGGCCCAAGUUUCCGGAAUUACCUACCUUCCAUCUGCCAUGCAUCAAAGUCUUUGGUGUCAAGGUUGCGGGCCAGUGCCCCAAGCCUGAAGGACCAGCGCCUGUGAAUGAUGAUCCUCCUCCGCAUCCGAGACCCUCUGGUAGCCCUCCCAGUACCGAGGCUGACCCUUGUGAGUUUGACACCAGCUCGGGCAUGUGCGAUAACGGUAACUACCCUGUCUAUGAUGCAAGCUCAAAUACGAUCAACUGUGAUGUUGCAAGCGAUGAACUUGACUCCAAAGUCACUUCUUGUCAACGGAAGAUAGACAGCAAGAUGGAUGCAGUUAAAACCUACUUGAAGGGCGAGAGCUCGUGUUGUCCGACAUCUUCCAAAGCCAAGCAUCAAGCCUCUGGGGGAUAUCUCCCAUCACUCAUCAACCGAGGCCUAGAUUCUUUAGGCCUUAGACUGGACAGACGUGGAAGCGACUUCUGUCCCGCCAAGAAUGAAGACCCCAGGAGCCCAGGCAAAGACAAAUGCCUCGCUACUUAUACAUGCCCGCAUGAUCUGUAUCCCAACGUCUGCGGCAAUGCGAAAUCAGCCAUAAAGGUCCGCGGGGCGACAUCGAUAUUGACUCAUGCAAAGGGAUCAAAGGUCCAUGUCACACAACGCUGGUACAAAGGCCAUUACUUUGCCAAGAGCAAAGAUAGGCCAAAAGGAGGUUGGAAGCUUGAAGGAUGCGAGGUGGAAGAGUACCCUUUUGGUUCUGGCAAUCCCGAUCGCUCAAAAGACGCCAGUGCCGUGCUUCGGUUGAUUCCUGGUGGCCCUUGGUCUGAGAAGUUGGAGAAUCAGAUCGCCGGUAAUCAUUUGAGACUUUGGAUCGAGUCAGUGGCGAAGAGGUAUAACGAUUUCCAGGAGAAAGAUACAGGUACAAACCCAAAGAUCGACACUGAAGGCAUUGUGUACUGCGUUGAUUUUGAUCCCAGUUUUACCAAAUACCUGCCGGAAGAUUUGGUGGAUGAAAACUUCUGUGCUGCCAGGUACGGGCCGGAGUUCACCUUGGUGAAUAACGUUGUGGUUAAUAAAGUCCGCACGUGGGAUCCAUGGUUUGACGUACCCAACACCGACCGCAAGAAACCGGAGCUCAUGCACUACCUCGACUCCAAGGAUAAGAUGGUGAAGAAUCCUACAGAGGAUGAUUAUGCAGUCUACGCGCUACUCCCUCCAACAUAUUGUCGGUAUCCGUCACCGGGAAAGUAUGACUGGGACCAGGAUACAAGUUCGUGGAGUUUGGACUCUGAUUAUCAAGCACUAGGGAGGCAGGACAGCAUCGUGGCGAACGAAAGGUGUACUGACCCACCAGAGGAUUCUGGUAAUGACGAUGGAGCGCUUAUAAAGCGUAACGACAGUCACAUUCAGGCGAUGGUAAAUAGUCAAGAGCGGACGCAUGCUCGGGACCUGACUAGCAGACAAGCUUCAUCGGGAGGCUUUCUAGAUGCGAAUGUUUAUAAAUGGUUGGGAUGUGGUCAAGAUGGCGAGGAUGGGGAGGAGGAUGACGCAGACGGCGACCCUUGUGAUGACGACAGCAAUCCUUGUGGAGAUGAUGAAGUCGAUUUCCCCGAUGAUGCAGACCCAAGCCUUGAUCCCCUUCCCGCCUCAGGCGUCACCACCCGCCCCGUCACGUUGCAGCCUCAUCGCACAACAACGGCUCCAUCGUAUGCCUCUUGCAGCACGCAUAACGCUGACCCUGACGGGGGUAUAGCCAAAGGUUACUGCGUCUGCUCCGGCUCAACCUUUGCACUGUCCACUGACAGUAAUGUCACGCCUGCCAACAGAUGCGCCUACACGUCACCUCUACCCAAGACGACAAUUUCCGUCUCCCAGCUCCCCACCGGCCCUACUGCUUCAACCCCAUCCCCAUCCCCAUCGCCUUACGUCCUGGUCAUCUACACCAGAGAGAUCGAGGUCGCAGGGCACGGAGGCGUGACGGAUACCUGGUGGUGGGACUGCGGGCCAUUUGACAAGGGCAACCAGUCAGACAGUGAUGUCUGUGCUAUCAAGGAUAACCCAAUAGCCUACAGCACCGCCAUAGGCCGAGCUUCACCAGCGCAGUAUCCAACAUCCUUGGCUACUUUUAGCCUUCACGGCCAUUCGUCUUGUUCCUACCAGGGGCCGAACGCCGCGACAGUUGGUAGCGUGAUAUGUGAUGAUGGACUCACUGCCAAGUGCACGGCUGCUCCCGAAGCCUCUCAAACUUCUUUCGUUGAUUGCACUAACGGGGACGAGGUCCCAAAUGGUCUUGCAAGAGAUUUGUAA